UUGUUUGAUCGGCUAACAGUGGAUGAGCACCUCUGGUUCAUACAUGGUCUCAAAGGUGCUAAUGGCUCCUAUAAAACCGAAACUGAGCAACUGCUAAGUCAACUGAAGUUGGAUGAAAAAACUGACGAGGUGGAAUUUAAUUUGACGCAUAUUGCGGAGAAGUUAAAUAUGUUAGCAAUGAACCUUUCUGGAGGCCAAAAGAGGAAGCUUUGUGUGUCAAUGGCAGUGAUUGGUGGCAGCCCUGUAGUGCUACUGGACGAGCCAACAGCUGGCAUGGAUCCUGGUGCUCGACGAGAUGUGGAGACAUUGCUAGAGAGCAUUAAAGUUGACCGAACGGUCUUACUCACCACACAUUACAUGGAUGAAGCGGAACUGCUGGGAGAUAGGGUGGCUAUCAUGGCCAAAGGACGAGUAUAUUGCUGUGGAACGCCUCAAUUCCUUAAAAAGAGAAAACUGAUGCUACAGACUUCCAUGCAAGAAAAGCGCUCUCUGGCUCUCACCAAUCAUACUUCUUACAAUAAUAAAUUUGGAGUGAAAGUUGGUUCGAUUAAUCCAAACAAAAAAUCUAGAAAAAAUAUAACAGCGGAGAGUAUGUGCGUAUUAUCGGUAUGUACCCAUGAUAGUGCAGCUACUUGUCUGCUUACUUGGGAACAUUUUAGAUUUGGUACCGGCUACGUGAUGACAGUCGUAAUAGCUGAAAAAGCGAACGCACAAGAUACAGCUUCUCAGCUGACACAAAUCGCAUCAGAGUACGUUCGCGGUGCAUCGAGAGGAAAUGUGCAUGGAAAGCAAUUUGAAAUUAUUCUGCCGAAGGAACAGCAGCAGAAUUUUCCCGAAUUGUUUGAGUAUCUGGAGAGGUCAAAGGACGCGUUGCAUAUCAGCAGCUUCGGAUUGUCGUUAAACACCUUAGAACAGGUAUUCCUCAAAGUUGCUGAGCAGACUGAUCCUGGCGCCAUGAUCGAUUUUGUUGAUGCAACUAUCAGCCGUAGCGAGGAGCUAAUUCAAGCGCAAAGAGUUGAGCGUCGUGAAGGGUGUGCUUUGUUACGUGCCCAAGUGGAAGCUCUUUUUACGAAACGUAUCCUAUACACAAUAAGAAAUUGGCCACAUCUGAUCACACAACUCGUUGUUCCAAUUGGCAUACUUCUGCUGAUUGCCUAUGUGUCAGGUUGGACGAAGAAGUUGAAUGAUGAUCAAGUUUUGAACAUGAAACGUACCUGGUCUAAGUUUAUUGUUCUUUUUGAUUUUUCAAUAAAACAGUGAUU